UCCGCAUAAGUCUGCCGCGCACGGCCAGGCGAAACUGAGCCGGCCGUGCGGGCUGUGUGUGUGGUGUGUGUGAGUGUGUGUGUGAGUGUGUGUGUAUAUGUGUUCACGGGGCGCCGUCUCAGCCCCGGGAAGAUGGUGGCGGUGGCGGCGGCGACAGAGGCGAGGCUGAGGAGGACAGUGGCUACGACAGAACCCACGGGCAGGAACGGCGGGCGGCGCCGGGACCGGGACGUGACCCGGGCUGCGAGGCCAGGACUCGGGGCCGGGCUGCUGCUGCUGUUAGUCCCGCCGCUGCUCCUGCUGCUUCCCUGGGCUGCUGAGGCCGCGGCGGCGGCGGCGUCAGUGUCGGGCUCAGCCGCAGCCGAGGCCAAGGAAUGCGACCGGCCCUGUGUCAACGGGGGUCGCUGCAACCCGGGCACCGGCCAGUGCGUCUGCCCCGCCGGCUGGGUGGGCGAGCAAUGCCAGCAUUGCGGGGGCCGCUUCAGACUAACUGGAUCGUCAGGAUUUGUAACAGAUGGACCUGGAAAUUAUAAAUAUAAAACAAAGUGCACAUGGCUCAUUGAAGGACAGCCAAACAGAAUAAUGAGACUUCGUUUCAAUCAUUUUGCUACAGAGUGUAGUUGGGACCAUUUGUACGUUUAUGAUGGGGACUCAAUUUAUGCACCACUCAUUGCUGCCUUUAGCGGCCUCAUUGUUCCAGAGAGAGAUGGCAACGAGACCGUCCCCGAGGUUGUUGCCACAUCAGGUUAUGCCCUGCUGCAUUUUUUUAGUGAUGCUGCUUAUAAUUUGACUGGAUUUAAUAUCACUUACAAUUUUGACAUGUGUCCAAAUAAUUGCUCAGGCCAUGGAGAAUGUAAGAUCAGUAACAGCAGUAACACGGUUCAGUGUGAAUGUUCUGAGAACUGGAAAGGUGAAGCGUGUGAUAUUCCUCACUGUGCUGAUAACUGCGGGUUUCCUCACCGCGGCAGCUGCAAUUCAAGUGAUGUCAGGGGAUGCUCAUGCUUUGCAGAAUGGCAAGGUCCUGGAUGUUCGAUUCCUGUACCAGCUAACCAGUCAUUUUGGACUCGAGAGGAAUAUGCUAACACAAAGCUUCCCAGGGCAUCUCAUAAAGCUGUGGUCAAUGGAAAUAUAAUGUGGGUUGUUGGAGGAUAUAUGUUCAACCACUCAGAUUACAACAUGGUUCUGGCGUAUGACCUUGCUUCUAAGGAGUGGCUUACACUGAACCGUUCUGUGAACAAUGUGGUUGUUAGAUACGGCCAUUCUUUGGCCUUAUACAAGGAUAAAAUCUAUAUGUAUGGAGGAAAAAUUGACUCAACAGGGAAUGUGACCAAUGAGCUGAGAGUGUUUCAUAUUCAUAAUGAAUCCUGGGUAUUGCUGAGCCCUAAAGCAAAGGAGCAGUAUGCAGUGGUUGGGCACUCAGCUCACAUUGUUAAAUUAAAAAAUGACCGCGUGGUUAUGCUGGUCAUCUUUGGUCACUGCCCUCUCUAUGGAUAUAUAAGCAAUGUGCAGGAAUAUGACUUGGAAAAGAACACCUGGAGUAUAUUACACACCCAGGGUGCCCUUGUGCAAGGGGGCUAUGGUCACAGUAGUGUUUAUGACCACAAGACCGGGGCCUUGUACAUCCAUGGAGGCUACAAGGCCUUUAGCGCCAAUAAAUACCGGCUUGCAGAUGAUCUCUAUAGAUAUGAUGUGGACACCCAGAUGUGGACCAUUCUUAAGGACAGCCGAUUUUUCCGUUACUUACACACAGCUGUGAUAGUAAGUGGAACCAUGCUGGUGUUUGGCGGAAACACGCACAAUGACACAUCCAUGAGCCAUGGUGCCAAAUGCUUCUCUUCAGAUUUCAUGGCUUACGACAUUGCUUGUGACCGUUGGUCAGUGCUUCCGAGACCGGAUCUCCACCACGAUGUCAACAGAUUUGGCCAUUCAGCAGUCUUGCACAACAGCACCAUGUAUGUAUUUGGUGGCUUCAAUAGUCUCCUCCUCAGUGACAUCCUGAUAUUCACCUCAGAAAGAUGUGAAGCACACCAAAGUGAAGCCGCUUGUUUAGCAGCAGGGCCUGGCAUCCGGUGUGUGUGGGACUCAGAGGCAUCUCAGUGUAUCGCCUGGGAAUUGGCAAUGGAAGCACAAGAAGAAAAGCUAAAAGCAGAAUGUUUUUCCAAAAGAACUCUGGACCAUGACAGAUGUGACCAGCACACAGAUUGUUACAGCUGCACAGCCAACACCAAUGAUUGCCAUUGGUGCAAUGACCACUGUGUCCCUACAAACCACAGCUGCACCGAGGGCCAGAUCUCCAUUUCCAAGUAUGAGAAUUGCCCCAAGGAUAACCCCAUGUACUACUGCAACAAGAAGACCAGCUGCAGGAGCUGUGCCUUGGAUCAGAACUGCCAAUGGGAGCUCCGGAAUCAGGAGUGCAUCGCCCUGCCUGAAAAUAUCUGUGGCAUUAGCUGGCAUUUGGUUGGAAAUUCGUGUUUGAAAAUUACUACUGCCAAGGAGAACUAUGACAAUGCGAAAUUGUCCUGUAGGAACCAUAAUGCCUUUUUGGCAUCUCUUACAACCCAGAAGAAAGUAGAAUUUGUCCUUAAGCAGCUGCGAAUAAUGCAGUCAUCACAGAGCAUGUCCAAGCUCACCUUGACCCCAUGGGUUGGCCUACGAAAGAUUAAUGUGUCCUACUGGUGUUGGGAAGAUAUGUCCCCGUUUACAAAUAGUUUGCUACAGUGGAUGCCAUCUGAGCCCAGUGAUGCUGGAUUCUGUGGAAUCUUAUCAGAACCCAGUACUCGGAGCUUGAAGGCUGCAGCCUGCAUCAACCCACUCAAUGGUAGUGUCUGCGAAAGGCCUGCGAACCACAGUGCCAAGCAAUGCCGGACACCGUGCGCCUUGAGAACAGCAUGUGGCGAGUGCACCAGCGGCAGCUCCGAGUGCAUGUGGUGCAGCAACAUGAAGCAGUGUGUGGACUCCAAUGCCUAUGUGGCCUCUUUCCCUUUUGGCCAGUGUAUGGAGUGGUACACCAUGAGCAGCUGCCCCCCUGAAAAUUGUUCAGGCUACUGUACCUGUAGCCACUGUUUGGAGCAACCAGGCUGUGGCUGGUGUACUGAUCCCAGCAAUACGGGCAAAGGGAAAUGCAUUGAGGGCUCCUACAAAGGACCAGUGAGGAUACCGUCACUUGCCUCUACAGGCAGUUCCUACCCACAGCCCCUUCUCAAUUCCAGCGCGUGUCUCGAGGACGGCAGAUACAACUGGUCUUUCAUUCAGUGUCCAGCUUGCCAGUGCAACGGCCACAGCAAGUGCAUUGAUCAGAGUGUCUGUGAGAAGUGUGAAAACCUGACCACGGGCAAGCACUGCGAGACCUGCAUCUCAGGCUUCUAUGGUGACCCCACCAACGGAGGAAAAUGUCAGCCAUGCAAGUGCAAUGGACAUGCGUCGCUAUGCAAUACCAACACGGGCAAGUGCUUCUGCACCACAAAGGGCGUCAAAGGGGACGAAUGCCAGCUAUGUGAAGUAGAAAAUCGAUACCAGGGCAACCCUCUCAAAGGAACAUGUUAUUAUACUCUUCUUAUUGACUAUCAGUUCACCUUUAGCUUAUCCCAGGAAGAUGACCGUUAUUAUACAGCUAUCAAUUUUGUGGCUACCCCCGAUGAACAAAACCGGGAUUUGGAUAUGUUCAUCAAUGCCUCCAAAAAUUUCAACCUCAACAUCACCUGGGCUGCCAGCUUCUCAGCUGGGACCCAAGCUGGAGAAGAGAUGCCUGUUGUUUCCAAAACCAGCAUUAAGGAGUACAAAGAUAGCUUUUCAAACGAGAAGUUUGAUUUUCGCAACCACCCAAAUAUUACUUUCUUUGUUUAUGUCAGUAAUUUCACCUGGCCCAUCAAAAUUCAGAUUGCCUUUUCCCAGCACAGCAAUUUUAUGGACCUGGUACAGUUCUUCGUGACUUUCUUCAGUUGUUUCCUUUCUUUGCUCCUGGUGGCUGCUGUGGUUUGGAAGAUCAAGCAAAGCUGUUGGGCAUCCAGGCGCAGAGAGCAACUUCUUCGAGAGAUGCAGCAGAUGGCCAGUCGUCCCUUUGCCUCUGUAAAUGUUGCCUUGGAAACAGAUGAGGAGCCCCCUGAUCUUAUUGGUGGAAGUAUAAAGACUGUUCCCAAGCCCAUCGCGCUCGAGCCGUGCUUUGGCAACAAAGCUGCCGUCCUCUCUGUGUUUGUGAGGCUCCCUCAAGGCCUUGGUGGGAUCCCUCCGCCUGGACAGUCAGGUCUUGCAGUGGCCAGCGCCCUGGUGGAUAUUUCUCAGCAGAUGCCCAUUGUGUACAAAGAGAAGUCCGGGGCCAUGAGAAGCCGGAAGCAGCAGCCCCCUGCACAGCCAGGCACCUGCAUUUGAUGCUGGAGCCCGAGACUCUCCCAUGAGUGAGCAAGAGCAAGCGUGUGUCCUACCAGAGCCGUCUGCAGGGGCGGGAGCAGGCAGAAGACUGGAAACACUCAGCACCCAAUUCAUCUGCAUGAUCACAAGCUUUCUUUGACGGUUUCUCCCCUCUGUGCCCCAGCGUCUAACCUUGUUCUUUUGCCGA